AUGGUAUUCUUUUAUCUUUGGAUCGUGUUUUGUAUCAUCAGUUCCUGUUAUACCCUCAUCUGGGAUCUGAAGAUGGACUGGGGUCUCUUUGAUAAGAAUGCUGGAGAAAACACCUUUCUCCGGGAAGAGAUUGUAUACCCCCAAAAAGCCUAUUACUACUGUGCCAUCAUAGAGGAUGUGAUUCUGCGCUUUGCUUGGACUGUCCAAAUCUCAAUUACCUCCAUGACAUUGUCGCCUCAUUCUGGGGACAUCGUUGCUACUGUCUUUGCUCCCCUUGAGGUUUUCCGGCGAUUUGUGUGGAACUUCUUCCGCCUGGAGAAUGAGCAUCUGAAUAACUGUGGUGAAUUCCGUGCCGUGCGGGACAUCUCUGUGGCCCCUCUGAAUGCGGAUGAUCAGACGCUCCUAGAACAGAUGAUGGACCAGGAUGAUGGGGUACGAAACCGCCAGAAGAACCGGCCAUGGAAGUACAGCCAGAGCAUAUCCCUGCGCCGGCCUCGCCUCGCUUCUCAAGGGACCCAAAUAGGGAGCAGAACAACCAGCACCAUGGAGAUGACCUUGGCUGUGGAGAGAAGUGGCUCUGAGCCACAGCUGGAUAGUGGACACCUCCCAAGACCCUGUUCCUGCUCUCUGGAAGACAGAACACCCAGCCUGAUGGUCCCCCAAGACCCCAGGGCAUGGGGGCUACAACUCCCAGGUCCCUCUGUGCUGGAAUCCAAAGUGAGGGCCUUGAAGGAAAAAAUGACGGCAGGCAAACAGGUGGUGAGCCCUGGCCUCACUUCUCACGAGCGGCCAUCCAAGAAACCCAAAUGCAGGCGAGUCAAGGUGGGCGGAGCUGGGCCUCUGUCGGAGGGGUCUUCCUUGCCGGAUGCCGAGGGGGUGAUCCCUGCUCAGAAUUUGCCUGAUGGGCAGCUGGACAGCGAUAUCAGCAAGGAGGAACCUGCCCGGAACGGGGGUCCCAGACCUCCCAGGCCGCCUUCUCCUGGGCUGGAGUGCUGGAACGGGAGGAGCCCGCGGCCUCCAGAAGCAAUACAGGCCUUGCCCGACAAUGAGAGGAGUCUGCUGCCAGGGCCUGGCUCUUUGCAAGAGAACACUGUUCACAGAGUCACUCCAGGCCGGCCUGGGGGCCCUGGUCCUUGUAACAAAAUCGCCCACAUGCCCAACCUGAGGAAAGGAAGGUCAUACGCCCUUCAGGAUGACCUAGUUACAGGGGGAGACCUGGACAGCUUGUCUCUGACCUGCGAGGAGGACUUUGUUCCCAGGCCAGCCUUGCUAGGGGGGCUCUGGCGAGCUGCAGAGCUGGGGGCUCUGGGCACUGGGGACAGUGCCUUAUCCUUGUCUGAUCGGGUGGAGAGGAACCGCCUUCUGCUGCAGGAGAUGCUAAAUGUUGGGGGCCAAGAACCCCCCAGGGUAGGAAUCCCAGCCUGGACUCCACCCUGGCACAGAGGACUACCAGAGCGACCAGCAGGGGACGUGGACUGGGACUCAGGCAUCUCCCUGCAGGACUCGGACCAGAACAGGACCUUUGGUCCCAAGCCAGAGUCUGUGCUGAGCCCCAGGCCUGAGGAAGCCAAGCAUCUGCUGCAGCGUGCCCGCAUGAAGGCCAGGACCCGGCCCCUCCGUGCCAGCCAUGAGAUCGUGCCCGCCGUCGCCCAGGGCAGCCGGGAAGCUUCUGUGCCUCAGUCUCACACAGCAGAGCUGGCGCUCCUGGGUGGGCCUGACUCGGAGCUGCGAGCCCAUGCCACAGUGGGCCCGCCCCAAAGCGGGACCUCUGUGCUGUUGAGAAAGCCUCUGCUUUGGUCACCAGGAUGGGUGUCACCAUCUCACCAACAUCGGAAAGCUGCCUCCUUUCAGAACCUCCAUUCUCUGCUGAGUGGCAAGGGGGACCGGUCCAGCCUCUACAUGGUAGGGGAGCCGGGAGACCACAGUGCAGUUGGCCGACCAACCAAGGCCUCACCCCGACGUGCCCUCAGUGUGGAGGACGUGAGCGCCCCCAGCCAGGCGCGCACGGUGGGCCGCGUGGUGGAGGUGUUCCCAGAUGGCACAACCCAGCUGCAGCUGCAACGCUCCCCGGAGGGCUCUUUCGGCUUCUGCGUGGCCUCCGGGAAUGGGCGCCGGGACUCAGGGUUCUACGUGCAGGAGAUGGCUGAUGCGAGCAUGGCCAAGCUGUACUCGGGGCUGCUGGGGGUAGGGGAUGAGAUCCUCGAGGUGAAUGGGGCCAAGGUUGCCGGGCUGGGCUUGGCUCACAUUAAAGAGCUCCUGGCCCACGCGGAGAGCUUGUCAGUCCGUGUGCUGAGGCAGAGGCCUGUCCCUCAGUGACCCAGGGCUGUUUUGCCCUCACUGUCACCCCCUCGGAAGCCCUGACCUGCCCCAGGAGGGACGGCUGGAAAGGCACUGCACGAAGCUGCUUUAUGGAUGAAAACAGAUCACAGUGGCGUGUAACCGCUUAGGCUGUGGCAGGGGCUUCUGGGAUUGACGACCGUAGGGUGAGGGCAGGAUGGUGUGUUUUGUUUAGGGAUGUUAAUUUAUGCCAAACUGGGGAAAGCAAACAUGGAUCUCCUUCCAUGCCGGAAGUGGUGUCAACAUCUUUCUGUACCUUUGUCGGCGGGAGGAGGAGAGAGAUUCAGGGGUACUUGGGUGAGCCCCUGAUUGUCUCCUCACCCCAAGUCUCAUCCCACUCUCGAUCAGGGUCUCCCCCAGCCUCCACACUCCAGAACCAAAGAAAGUGCUUGGCCAUAUUGGCCUUGAAUCUGCCUUUAAAGUCUCAUGUCUUCCAUGUCCCAUUUGACACCUUUGCUCUUUUUCCAGAAAUGGUUUGCAAAGUGUCCUAGUGUAACAGCCUAAAGCCAUGGGCCAUAUAUUCCAAACCCAAAAUUGGAAUAUGUGGUCUGGUGUGAGAACAUCUGGGAGAUGUUAUCUGGCAGCCAGAAUAUUAAGAAUCUCUGGGAAAUUUUUGUGAUAUAUAAAGUUGGAGGGGGAAAAAACAAUGAACCCGAGACCAAAGUCAGGGAAGUGCCGCUGUGGCCAGUGGGUCUGGCCGGCUCCACCCCCAGCCCCCUGCCCUCUGCUUCUGCCCAGGGCGAGGCUGGCGCUGGUGGGGAGGGCCUGCCUGCCUUCUCCGGUGGAGUGUGGGCACAGGCUGCAGCCCGUGCCAGGCUGUCCCCAGCCACAGGCUCUCUGCCCAGGCUCCCUGAUGGCUGCUGGGGGUGGGCCGGCAGGGAGUGCAAUGACGGGUACAGGCAGGGGGAUGGGCUCUCCACCCGGCUGCCUCCCAGCUCUAGGCCCAAAGGGUUGGGACUCUGGGAGUGGAUGGCCGUGUGUCAGUCUUAAAUUAUUAAAAAGCAAAGCUGAAGCUUC